AUGUCACGCCACGAAAUCACAACUAACGAAUUUCAACUUGAUUCUAGGAUGUUUUCCCAGAGCCUAGAUGAUAGAACUGAUGCUCCGUGGCUGACUGACAUUGAUUCGAUAAAAUAUUCCUCAAUUAUUUCAGAACCGCUCUCAGAACGUAAAGUGAAUCAAGCAUUACUCAAAGCGGAUGACUCUAGUAUGAAAUUGGAUGAUUUUUUACUUUCAAUACAAUCAGAUUUUGAUAUUCUCAGGAACCAACCAAUUCUCGACGAAAAUAUUACAAACAGUCAAAAUCUUCUCGUCAGACCGAUUGUAACACCCAAUCCAAUUAUAAAAUAUAUGAAAUUAUUAAGCGUCGAUUUUGAUUAUAAAGCUUCUGGACUUCCAAACAAAGUUCAGGCUUCCAUUUUUACAUGGAACCAAGUUCCAUUAACCGAAAUUGUUCAAAUUAACUUCGAAGACAGUCCAGCGAAAUUUCAUCUCUUCAACCGCUGUUUAGGCAACGUUGUCAUGCCAUAUACCGACGAUAUAAAGAAUACGCAUUUAAUAUGCCUACUCAAAAUGGUCAAAGAUCAGAAUUCUGUCGUUCCAUUUGCGUUUGGACACGCAAAAUGUGACAAAGACGGCAUAAUUAAUUUCUAUUGGACCUCAUUUUCAAACAAUCUCAGCUUUUCAGAGCAUAUUUCCAAAGAACCAUUACUAAAAAUCAAACUUUCAAUCACGAUAUCGAAUAAUGCCCAUCCUGAAGACAAAAUUACAGCUCGCAUUACACCAUACAACCCAAUGAUGCCAUCUCCAUUCCUUGUUAUAUACGAUUUUCACAUUCUCGCGAAAUCUUCAAUCGAUAAUUACAAAGUUAAAAUUUUUAUCAAAGAUGAUGAUGAAAACAAAGAAAGUCUUUACGCAUCACCCAUGGACAGUCAUUUAAUCGAGCGAUACAAGUCCCAUGUCGCUUUUUCAGACACAACUUUAUUUUUACCGGAGCCACUGAUGUUUUUAUUGAAUCCCAGCUUCGACAAAACACUCACUAUUGUCGUAACUGUAUGUCAGGAAGGCGUAAUCAUGUCAACUGUCAAGCAAACGUUCACAAUCAGAUUAGAUAAGGGUAGACAGUUCAUUCACAAGGUUAUUGACGGCUCAACGAUAUCUUUCGGAUAUCUGUAUCCUUCUCUCAUAGCUCCAAAUGCGGAAUUACGAUUGCCAAUGCAGAUGCCAGGAGUUCCACCUCAAUUUGACUCCACAGUGUUCGAUGACCUAUGGCCGUACAUUCUUUUACGUAAUUUGAACUCGAGCAAGUUCAGUUUGAACUUCUUGUCGGUCAUUUUUCAACAUAUUCCUCAAGACAAAAUUUCUAACUUCGCGGAUAGGUACUUUUACUGCUCAGAAGAGUUCUUCGCGAGUUUCUUGGACCAAAUGACCGCAGAUCCAGGUAUCGUAGAGCGUAUUCCUUAUCAUUUAUUCCCAUUAUUGUUCAAAGGAUUAUGUUUGCACGCGGAAUUGAUUGAAGUUAUGAUAAAUUAUAUAUGCGGAAUCCUUGCUUCCGAAAAAAGAGUUCAAACUAAAUCGGCGGCCAUCGAAAUGCUCCUAAGAAUGAGAUUGAUUUUCGAUCAUGAAGAAAUUGAAUUAAAACUGGUCGGAAUUAUCAAAAAACUGACAGACCUUGAAAAAGUGGAAGUUUUCUGUAUAAUUUUCUCUGACGGAAAUUUCUUAACAGAUGCAUGCCAUAUCAGUUUGCCAGAGGAGCCAGCAUCGAACUACAACAUGCUGAUAUCAUUGUUCUUCUCUACAAUGCAUAGCAUGCUCAAAACAAAAGGAAAUGCACAAUAUGUUUUGAAAGCUUUGCAUUAUCUCACGAAUACGUUACAGAGAUAUGGUUUGGAUGGUGGACCAAUACUUUCAUCAGCAUUCCAUGUCUUCUUUCAGUAUCAUUCCCUUUUACAAACAGAUCCUUCGUUUAAUGCAGUCAUUUUAUCACUGCUCGACACGAAAUUACCAGAAUGCUCGCAACCACUCUUCGAUAACCUAUCUCAUACUAGCCAAAUCCAGUUAAUUGACUUACUUCACGAUAUUUGUAAGACAAAACUGUAUUUGGUGCACGCAUUCAACUUUAUCUUGCGGCUCAAGAACAUACACGACUCUGUCUACAAGCCAAUUGUCAAUGUAUUCAUGAGUGGCUGUGAUGUUCAAUCUGCCGACGUAUUGAGCUUACAAACUCUUUCGAAAUUCAUCAACGAGAAUCCAGGAAUCUACAACUCCAAGGAAUCCGUCUUCUUCCUUGUCGAACAAGCCAUACAACGCCAGAAAAAGAACAGAUUCACUUUGGCCUUCCUUAAAUGGUUCAUUAGCUUGGAUACUGUUGGCCAUUCUAACGAAGCCCUGGUUUCCGUCUGUUUCGAGACGAUUCAGUCGUUAUCAGACAUCUUAGAUUUCUUUACUAAGAAUAAUUUCACGAAACCCUUCGAAAAACCUCCUUCUACACCUUUGCACUUAGAAGAAGCACUCAUUUUAACAAAGGUCUUAGAAAAGUACGAUAAUGUCCCAGAAAUUAAGAAGAACAUUUUGAAUAGGCUCUCAAAAUUGAAUGAUGUAAAUUCGGACAAAAUCAACAGUGCGAUUGCCGACGGAACAUUUGAAGCGUACAACAAAGCCGGCCUGAAUAACAUGAUUGUCAGCAGCAACAGUUACACGAACAACUCGUUCAAAGAGAUAAUUUCGAAGGCAUCUUUAGAAUUACAAGAAAAAGUAGAGACAGAGAUUAAUUAUUACCGCAUAUUCGUCAGUGGACCAGUUGCCACAGCUCUGGAAGCCAGCGAUUUCAUUUUCAUGGGCGAUACGAAGAAAUUAAUUGAAUUAUUCAAUAAACACUUCAAAGAAGUGAAGAUUAAUACGAAACUCAUACCAAUGUUCGGAACAUUCCAGACUACGAACAUCCAGAUCCUUCCUGUGAAGCAGGCGAAUCCAAAACAGUACGAAUACGACUUCAUGAUGCCAGAUGAGGGCUGGAAUGAUGUCUACUGCAUCAGAUACAUAUUCACAACCAAUACAGACCUACCUAGCUCAUGCGCUUUGGUCAUUGCCAACCAAAAUUCGAAGAAACAAGUUACAAAAGAAGAAUUCUUCAAAGAAAAGUUCGAAUCGGUCAUUACAUCCAUUGAUAAGUACAUAAAGAUACAAAGGGAGUUCAUCCCUAGACAGAAAAACGUCAAUCAAUGGACAGAAGAUCCAGUAAUUCCAUUUGCACCGGAUUUGAUCGAUUCGAUCUCAAAAAUUGAAUCGGCUCUUACUCCUACUGUUUCUCAGCUGAUUCACAGCUCAUCUCAUUCUCCAGCAGCUGAUUUACCUCAGUUCAUCAAAGAACAGAUAGAACUGUUAAAGAAGACAAUGAACGAGGCUGUGCAGGUUAUGUCUCAGAUAGACGGAUUGGAAAAGAAAGGAAGAUACGCUAAGGCAAUCGAGAAUUGCAAAUUGUUUUUGUAA